UUUUUCCAGAAAAUUUAUUCUAAAAUGUGUUUCCUUUAAUGGAUUUAUUAUGGAUUGGAUGAAAUAAGCAAAAAUUGUAGUUUAAAAAAAAAAAAAAAAAUUGCCAACGCAUUCUUGUAAAUAUAGACAAAAAUAAAAUAAUAUGGAGAUAAACAAUAAUUUUCCGAGAAGAGACGCGCGAGUGGGGAGCGUGGUACUAAUUAUAACACUGUGUUCUACUGCUUCGACUACUUGAACUCUUUCAAGUUCUCUCUCUCUCUCAAAACGAGCCAAGACGCAGGCGCAAGAUAAACGUCAUCGUUUCAUUCUUUAAGAGAGAUUCUGUAAUGGGAAAAGCUUCACGAUGGUUCCGGAAUCUACUUGGGCUUAAGAACCCCGACCCGGGUUAUCCGGAUCCAUCCUUCGAGACGCCUUCUCGCUCUUACCCAAAACGCCGAUGGAGCUUCGUCAAAUCCAAACGCGAAAACGGGACCGCACCGCAGAGUCACUACCCUCAUACUCCUCCGUCGCUUCCGAACUCAACCCCUCCACCGGCGUCGUCGUACCACCAAUCGUCUCCGUCAUCUAACGGUCGGCGGUGGAAACAGAAGCUGGUAUGGGAUGAGGAGAGGGACGAGGAUUCCGACAAGCAUGCGAUUGCUAUGGCCGCCGCCACUGCUUUGGUUGCUGAAGCAGCCGUCACCGCGGCUAAUGCGGCCGUUAGACUCACGAGCACAAGCGGGAGGUUGACGCGUAGUCCCGUCGCAGCGCAUUUUAGCGAUGGCUACAGUCACGUUGUAGCUCAUGAUAGCAGCUUCGAUGGACACCGACGCGACAAUCGCGAAGAUCUUGCGGUGAUUAAAAUACAAUCUAUAUUUCGCGGUUAUUUGGCAAGGAGAGCGUUAAGGGCACUCAAGGGAUUAGUUAAGCUUCAAGCUAUACUUAGAGGCCAUAUCGAACGAAAGCGAAUGUCAAUCCACCUGCGCAGGAUGCACGCUUUGGUUCGAGCUCAGGCUCGUGUUCGUGCCACUCGUGUUAUCGUCACACCUGAAUCAUCCUCUUCUCAAUCCAACAACACUAAAUCUUCUCACUUCCAAAACACCGAUCCACCAACGCUGGAAAAACAAGAGCAUUCGAUCUCUUCAAGCUCCAAGCUCGAUCACUCUUAUAUUUUCAAGAGGAACGGUUCUUUGGCAAACAACAACAACAUACCGUUCUCAGCCAUGAACGAAGAAGAAAAGGUCCUUGAAAUCGACAGGAGACACAACAAUUCUUACACCAGACGCAACAGACCAGACAUGUUCUACUCAUCCCACCUCGUCCUAGACAACUCAGGCCGGUCUGGACCAGUUUACGCCUUCCCUUUUAGCCCGUCCUCCUCACAUGAAGAGACGGUAAACCAGUUUUGCACUGCUGAGAACAGUCCACAGUUACACUCAGCCACUUCUAUAAGCAAGGGUAGUGCUUUCACGGCUAGUUCUAUUGCCCCGAGUGAUUGCACCAAAAGCUGCUGCUACGCGGACCAUCCAAGAUUCAUGGCUUGUACAGAGUCAUCUAGGGCUAAGGCCCGCUCCGCCAGUGCCCCAAAAUUGCGACCUCAGUUGUCUUGCGAGCAGUCUUCGUCGAAACGGUUUGGAUUUGUCGAUGUACCAUACUGUGGUGAUACGAGGUCUGGUCCGCAGAAAGUUUCUGCUCUACACACUAGUUUUAUGAACAAGGCUUAUCCUGGUUCAGGUCGGUUGGACCAGCUUGGGAUGCCAACUGGGUAUAGGUACUGAGAAAUUCUGUUGGAGCAGGUUGUUCUAUUUAGUUGGGGUUGUGAUAAAUUGAUAAUAAUCAAAAUGUUGAAAAGUAGAACUGGUUAGAUCAGUUGACUAAGCUUUGCUGUUAAUUUUCCUGGUUAUAGUUUGGAUUAAGUGGAUUAAAUCUAAAAUGCAAAUAGAACUUUUUUUUUUCGAAACUAAAUCCAAACAGAACUUGCUUAAUCAUAAUGUUGAGUUGGCAUCUU